ACUAGGAUCGAACGCGUCGCGUUUUUCUCUCGUGCUUGCAGUGAGUAGUACAAGGAACCACCUGCCCAUUGCCUCCGGAAGGGGUCCUCCUUCCCCCUCGACGCUUCGCUUGGCUUGGCAUCCAAAAACAGGUUGGGGUGGGCAUUUCAGGAUUGCAGCAGGAUUUUCUUGAAUGAGCGUGUCGGGAAUUGCACAUCGUAUUCCCGAGUAGUGGUAGUGCUGUGAUAAAGUGAAGGUCGGAAAAGCGUGGGAGGGAUUGGUGGAAACGAAGCGUGUGCGGGAAUCCUGCGGGAUCCUGGUGUAUCAAAGUCCGGACGGUCGGUGAAGGGAAUCGUGUCCUACCUCCACCUUCAGCCACCCACCCACACAUACACACACCCAUACAUCGGCCUCUGUCCGGAUCGAAGCAGAAACGCAGAGCCUGUGAUAUCGUGUAUCGCCGAGAAGAAAACAAUCCAACUUGCUUGCAGGUGGACGCAGUUAUUGUCCGUAUUGUCCGCCGCGGUUGGCCUCUGAAGAAGAGUUCGCGUCCGUCAAUGAAAAUGAAUGCUCUUUGAGGAGCGAUAAAAUGCUAGUGAGUGAGUGAUAGAGUUCCAAGCAAGCAAUUUUCUCUUCGGGGGAUAGAAAUGUGACCCCCCCCCCCCCUUCGGCAUACUCAACGAGUAGAAUCUCCCUGGGUAACUCCUUCGUACGUGUGAAUCUGACGCCAGAUUGAAGAUAGUGUCGUCGUGAUUGAAAAGAGUGGUGGCGUUCAAAAGAAGAUUCCUUUGACCGGGUUUUUACCUGCUCUCGGCAACCUGGAACCGUGUGAAAUAUUAAUGAAUGAAGGAGGAAAAUGGAUCCCUCUGGCUGGGUGGGUGUGUAGGGUAGUGCCAAUGUGGAAAACUUUUCACGUAUUUCCGGUUUCGGGGGCGGCUUUUAUGACCUAGUUUUGGGACGGACGAACGGGGGAAGUGAAUUUUAAUGCAGCAUUAUCAUGUGAGAGUGCGGAAAUCAAACACGGAUGGGAUUGAAUGGCACAUGGAAAAUUGGUAGAAUCUUGCAGUGUGUGACGACUGCCGUCGGAAGUUGGUAGUGAUUAUUCCUACAAGAAUCGAUGAGUUUUGAUACUGAUUCAACGAAAUAACUUACUAUGUAGUAUUGACUGGUGUAUAUGUUCAGUUCCUUCAGAAGCAAAUUGCAGCUGUUAAUCAUCAUUAAUUAAAGUGCUAUCCGCAAACCUCAGCCCAGAAAUAGACAUCUGGAAGGUGCCAUUCAUUUGUACGUGACUGUGGCAAAAAUUGUUCCAGUGAAGUGUAUAUUUCUGUGUCGUUACCUCCGGCCCUCACAAUGUGAAGAAAACCAAGCGCCAAGAGAUGAAACCAAGUGGAUGUAACAACACCUGUGAGCGGCCAUAAUCGGAAAGCUUCAAUCAGCGCCCCGGUAUCCUUUUCAUUUUUCCUAGUUUUUCGCGAAGCGCUCGCGAAAAUUAUUGGCGGCGUAAGAAGAGGGGCCUAAGUCGUGUGAAAUCAGUGAAAAUCGGUGAAACGUGACGACCUUUUUAGGAGGUGGCAGGAAUCGUCAGUGUCGAUCAGAUUUGGAACUGGUGAUAACGGGAAGAUCUGAGUUGGAGUCUUAGUGCAACAGUGUCAUUCGAUGGAAACAUUGUUUGUGUGUAUCGUUCUAUUGGGUAAAAUAAAAUAUAUGUGUGGUUUUGAGAUGAAGUGUUCUAAUGGGGGUGUGUUUAGCAUUUAUUAAUAAAAUCAGCUGAAGAUAAUUCAUAUCGCGAAGGACACGUGAUAUUUCAAAAAAGGAUGCCCGGUAUCGUAGUAUUCCGUCGACGGUGGUCGGUUGGCUCCGAUGACCUCGUGGUGCCCGGGCUGUUCCUCUUCGUCAUCCACUUGAUAUGGUUGAUUGUGCUCGCAGUGGUGACGGGAGUUUUCCAAUACGAUCGAUCCGUACGAUGUAUAGAAUUGUUAUGGUUCUUCCAAAUUGGUUACAUAACCAUUUUAUGCUGUUGCAUACUACUGGAGGUUGCAAUAUGCAUUGUUUCGAUGCGGGGUAGCAUUCUGGAUAUGGAACCGCGAGCUAUCAUGCCGUACCUGCUCUACACCCGGGUCCUGGUGAUGAUCGUUGAUCUUACCUGGUUGAUCCUGGGUGCAAUCUGGCUCAAGGACCACUAUCUCGAGUGUCCCAUCCAAGAGCCCAAGGAAACGAUGAUCGCUGUCAUCAUCUGCAACCUCCUUGUGAUCUUCAGUAUGUUCACAACGAUCUGGUGCACGUUUGACCCGGCGGGGCGAUCCUGGGUCAAGAUGAAGAAGUACCAGCGAUCGAUGCGAGAGUCGGAGUCGCGGUUCAACUACAAACGCAGUGGCAGCCGGAGUCGUAACUGGCGCCAGCGGAAGGUGAUACGAGCCUAUCAGGACAGCUGGGACCACCGGUGUAGACUGCUGUUCUGCUGCAUGGGCAACAGCGAUCGAAGUCGGAACUCUUUCACCGACAUCGCCAGACUGUUGAGCGACUUCUUCCGCGAUCUGGACGUGGUCCCGUCGGACGUGGUAGCAGGUCUGGUACUACUCAGGAAGUUCCAGAAACUGGAACGAGAAGCCAUUGUGCGGCAGCGCAAAAACGGCACCUACGAGUUCCUAUCCGGAGUUCCCAUAACCGCAAAUACUCAGUUCUUGGCUCUGAACGAUUCCAAGGACUACGAUCACUUUCAGACUGUGAUUCGCUACAUGUACUUCGCCCAAGGUGCCUACGGUUGGCCGAUGUUCCUAAUGAGUCACUCCGGCACGGGCAUCUGCCAGCUCGGGUCCGAGCUGACGUGCUGCUUGUCCUGCUGCCGGCGGAAAAGUAGCGUGGACGUGGUCGAGGACAACUGCUGCCUGUGCAACUACGCCGCCCUCAAGAAGAUGCUCAAGAUUGGAGAGGUGGAAGUCAUCUACGCGACUUAUCAUGUAGACAUCGGCGAAACCCCGUUCUUCGUCGCAGUGGACUACACCCAAAGCAAGGUCGUGGUCAGCAUCCGGGGGACGCUCAGCAUGAAGGACGUCCUUACGGAUCUGAACGCCGAGGGCGACUGCCUUCCGUUGAAUCCACCUCGCGAGGAUUGGCUGGCCCAUAAGGGCAUGGUCCAGGCCGCAAUCUACAUCAAGAAUAAACUGGAGGAGGAGAAUCUCAUUCAACGGGCUCUCAAUCACAAUCCAACGCGGGGAACUCCGGGCUUUGGACUGGUGCUGGUGGGGCACUCGCUCGGGGCCGGUACGGCAGCCAUCUUGGCUAUUCUGAUGAAGCAGCAGUACGACGAUUUGCACUGUUACAGCUACUCACCGCCAGGUGGCUUGUUGAGCAUGCCAGCGGUCGAGUACAGUAAAUCCUUCAUCACUUCGGUGGUCGUGGGGAAAGAUGUUGUUCCACGGAUAGGUCUACAUCAAAUGGAAGCGCUGCGAGCGGAUCUCAUCAACGCCAUCCAGCGGAGUAUAGAUCCCAAGUGGAAGACUAUAGCCUGUUCGGUGAUAUGCUGCUGUUGUGGUCCAGAGCCGACAUCCGUGACAAUGAUGUCCACCAAGGAGGAGAAUGUCAUGCGUUACGAACAGGAUCGGAAUAGUGCUCGCCAGAGCACGGUACAUCCCAACGACAACUCCAUAGCCCUAACGCUACACCAUCCUCUCUAUCCACCCGGACGAAUCAUCCACAUCGUACGACACCACCCCAGCCAGGACGAACACAAGUACGAGAAGGGUUGGAGCAGACAAAUGCUGAAAAAGCGAGAACCCGUCUACCAGGCGAUCUGGGCCGACAACACUGCCUUCGACGAGGUACUCAUCUCCCCGGUUAUGGUGCAGGACCACAUGCCGGAUAAGGUGCUGGCCGCACUGAACAAGGUUAUAACCACGGUGGGCCCUCGCAAGCCCCAACGUCAGUCAUCGAACGCCAACUCAUCGAUCGCUUCGGAAGCCAUCGAAGCCCUUCUGCAAACAGAAGGAUACCAUCAGCAUACCAAUCACACAACAACCCUCAACAACAACGCAACAAGUGGAGUGGAUCCCGCGCUGGUGGUUCUGCAAAGUCCGGCCUCACCUUCGGUACCGCACAAGAUCUGUUUGGAAACUUCUUUUACCAGCCUUCAAUCCCCACAGGACCACAACCCACCUAGUAAAGCUUCGUCCAUUGCCGGCGGUAGCAUUCUGGGUGUACGCAGCCAGCUGUCCAGCGUUGUAGACGAUAGCGGGAUCCCGAAGAGUCUGUCCGGACCGAGCGAGGCCACCACCGUCAUUUUGAACGAUCCUCAGCACCAUCAGCAACCAAGGGCUUCGAGUUCCGCUAGCAAUACCGGACGCACGGUAGCAUUCAACACUUCGCCAAACGUCAUACGAAAUGGAAGACCUCCAGUUCCAACGACUUCCAGCUCCAAACAACCCAUGAGCCUUUCGUGGAACGGCACUAGGCAAAAUUCUUGUGAAAUCAAGAAGAUCGAUUUGAUCCAUGACGAUUGGUUCGGGUUGGCCCCACUGGCAAGCCCCGAGUCACUAUCGGAGCUGUCCAGCAUAAGUUCUCGGGCAAGUUUUGGAGCUAACCUGGCGUCCAGCAUUGAUCGGUAUCUUGAGAAGAUUAGCGAAAGGAAAGAAGGUACUGAACGGAAGGGCGAUGGGACUGACCCGCUGCUAGAGUCCCAACUUCAUACCCCGAAGAUCAUGCGAAGGACACCGAAAGUAAGUGGAAACCUGUCAUUGUGCGCGGAAGACGUUAAAACGAUAAACAGCUACAAGCGGAUGGGUAAGAUCUUUGUACUGAAUCGAGCACCGUCUGACAGCGAUUCAACGGUUGAUAGCUACGAAUCGGCACACAACGUAAUAGUCCUAGAUGGAAAUGGAAUCAUCGGUGCGGAAGCACUAACCACUGGUAGUUCGUCACCAAUCAAGGAAAACUCCAAAUCCGCGGACAAUCUUGACGAUUUCAACACUCGGCAAAUAGCCCCGGGUGGCACCUCCAACUCCGGUGCCUCAGCAACCAAGAAGACCUCAUUCACCGUAAGUGAUAGCGCAAUUCCGCAAGAGUGUACCUCAAACUGUCCAUCGUGCCCAUGUCGAAGGUCACCUGGUGGACCGUGCUGUCAAAAGUUCAACCAUCGUGAAUGCUAUAACUACAAGUACACCUCGUUCAACAUCUUCAAGUUCAACAACAGCCGGGACAGCAAGACUACUAGCUCCAGCGAUACCUAUCAUAGCGCUAUGUCUUCGUUGACCGGUGAUCUAGACCACACCGGUUCCAGUACAAACAAUUUCCACUAUAGUAGUAGCAGUAGCAGUAGUAGUCGAACACUCCAAAAUACUAACUUGAAGCCGGGAGUGUUGGAGUCGCAUUUCCCUGUCUACCAGGAAACAGUUUCCGAAGAACGACUCUCGUUGCUGUCUAAUAUCAGGGAGAGUAGUCCUGUACGGUUAUCUUCUACCACAACGACAAUAAACAACCAGCGGUCGAACCAGAAAGACCAACCCGUGAACAACAAGCGGCACAACGAGGAUGACCUGAACGCGUUUGCCCGCAACGAGUCCCUGCCGCUGUUGGCAAACCUCGUGGAGAAGUCUUCGCCCACCAACUACGUCCGCAAGAAACAUUCCGUCUAUCCCAGCGAAGCUGGUCACCCGAUUGCCACGGCAGGUUUCGGCCCGGGCAGCAGCAAUGGACGUGGCAGCAUAGCUACCAUCCAUUCGUCUUCGUCGUACUCAUCCGUCACCUCAUCGCCCAGUCGGUUUCACAAGAACGAAAGCAACGUAUGAGAGCGGAACAGCUCGAGCUCCGAAACGCUAGUCUAAACCGUAACGUAUCUCAAUCACACUCAAUACCUACAUAUAAAUUUGAAUCUCUUUUACCCUUCACUCGCAACCAUUCUCAGUCCCAGUGUGGGUCUUUCUAAUUUUAGUCCGACUGUCGUUUUCUAGUUCCCCUUCCUCUAAAAUGUUCUACUCGGCCGUCUUUAUAGUUGCUACAUAUAGCGUCAACUCAAUCCGUGCGAUUGCUACCAACUACAGUAGACGUUCGGUAAGGGUCACAUGCUUACGUUUCACGCUCGCGAAUGACAUGCGUGACCUUCAACAACUGACAGAUGUCUGCAAUCCAUGUCAAAUGCAGCCUAAGUUCAUACGAUAAACAUCGCAAUGCGGAUAAACCGAAUUACUACUGUAGAACGUCCAGUUUACUGGCUUCCAUUUUGUCUCUGUCAGCUUUCACGAGCGCUAAUGGCUGCCGCAAGCAAGCUCGUUUUCUGGUAGGGGUGCUUGGGUCAUCUGGCAGCUGCACGAUAAGUUUUAUGAACGAUCUUAUCGAUUUGCUCUCAAACGACACCGGUCAAACGUCAGAUCAUUUGAGCUCUACCAGAAAACAAGCUUAUUUGUGGCGGCCAUAAACACUCGUAAAAAGCUGAAUUGUGAUGAGUCCAGAGGUGUGUCGUCCAAAAGCUGGUCACCCCUUUAUAUUCUCCUGAUAUAGGCUUUUUCAUGCGACAGGUCAUUUCCAUAGAAGAACUGUCAAAGUGCUCUAAGAUCAGCUGAUUUGGAAUGUCUCGUGAAAAAGCCUAUUAUUAUACACACUAAUCCGAUGCCGAUCACAUCACAUCUGUUUCCGAAGCAGAAUUUUCUCCAAUUUCCAUCAAACAGACUUGAAUAAAAAUGCUCUUCCAGCUCCAGGUAUGAUGUUUCUCCAACUUCUAGAAGCUUCUGAAGGGAAGCUUUUGCAGCUUCUGAA